AUGCGCGAGCAAAGCACUAUAGAACCCAACCAGAGAUGUGUCUUUAGAUGGCGCACCGCUCUUGUCGCCUGUGUUGCAUGUAGUCUUUUCUUGGCAGCGGGCUUACUGUUGCACGACCAUCUCAGAGAGGGCACCAGAGGAGGAGCCGGUGGGGAGGGAAGUGCUGCUUACAGCCUAGACACGAUAGAGACAUAUGCUGAUAAAGAGUUGCAUAACUCGACAAUACCCAAAACCUUGGAUAUCGAAGAUAAAGUACAUGGGGGUGAUCAAGGAGAAACAGCCGCUGCUUCUCCCACUGCAUCUGCGGUCGCUCCCCCGGCCCCUAAUCUUCUUACUACCGCCCACGCUGUUCUUUCUAAGGGUAGUGACCGUUUCUCCUCCAAGCAGCAGGCUUCCUCUGACCAGAUGGACGCUUGCUAUCCCCAGACGGCCGAUGAGCUGGUAGAGGCCGUGCAGGAGUUGGAUUGCUCUCUCUUAUUUUUGACGAAUUUUGAUCCCCAAGCGUACCUGAUAACGCAGCACAUUAUGGUUGACCGGCCUAUUCGCAUUGUCGGUCAUCCCGUCUUUCUCCCCGUAAUCGAUGCCUCCACCCUCAACAUGGCACCGCGUGCGUUUCGAGUGGUGGAGGGAGGUUUUUUGGAUCUGCAAUACAUUCGAGUCCGGGCAGGCGUAGGGGAAACCAAGGAGCGUCCUGUGUCUUCAAACCAAACGCAAGCCGAGAGUGCUUUCGGUGAGACAAGCGGCACCCAACAGGUAGGGGUGACUGGCAAAAUUUUGGAGACCCGGGGCGGCUCUGUGGCUAUUGAACAAGGCGCUUCGGGGGCGAAUUUUGAAGGGGUCAUUUUUUUGUCGGUGGCAAACUCGUGGGAAUCCGUGCAAGAGGCCAUUCAAGCGACCUACACGGGGAUGGGGGGACGCACGUAUGGUGGUCAUAUCUUCAUCGCGGGAGGAUCGGUCAAAUUUACGAACUGCCACUUCUGGACGACCGCGAUAUUGCUCCCUUUGACUGAUCAAUUCUCGUUGGGCGGAGAUAUUCUAAUGUUGGCGGGUACAUUGACAGUCACUGCAUGUACUUUUACGUCCACUACAAUGUUUGGUUCGCUCGCGGGCGCCGGUAUGGUAGUAGGGAUAUUAGGCGGCGUCGGCGUCUUCACAUUUUGCGUGAUUCAAGAAUCGAUCAUAGCCAACCACUCCAGUGGGCCCGGGCAAACGAUUUUGGUCGGAGGCGGGGUGCAGAUCAUAACAGGCAUGGACUUCCGUUUAGUGGCGGUUGUGCUAGCUUUUGUUGGCUUCGGUGACUUUGCCACGGCGGCUGGGGUCUUGGUCAUGACCGGCGUCACCAUCGAGAACGCCUACGGUGUUUUGUUCGCGGUCGGAGCUGGUUUCUACACGGCGGUGGGGAGCGGAACUUUGGUGCAGAUUGGGGUGAGCUACGUCCAGUACUGUGGCCCAUCAUUCAACGCGCUGGCCGGCUCCAGCAUCUUUGUGGGCAGUGGCGCCAGUAUCAAUGUAGGCGUGCCGUCUCUGUUUGCCUACUCUACAAACACGUUUAGUGGGAUUGGAGGCUUCUCUUACAAUGGGGCGGGUGUCUCCGUGUGGGUAGGGAGCCCUUCGGUCAACUGGGCUUCCACAUAUUCCUUUUUUGGCCUAGGAGGAACUCUUGCCGACUCUGCGGGGUUUACUACCUUUGUAGGUAGUCCCACAUUCUCUGCGUAUGCGCUGUUUUAUUUCGCCGGUCAAGGAGGGACACUUUGGAAAGGAUCAGGGGGCGCGGUGGUGGCUCUUUCGCCCGUCUAUGCCCCCGCUUCGCGUCAGUACGUGAGUGGAAAUGCGGAUAAUUUCUACGUGGCAGGUCGGAGUUUUAAUGACGCCAAAGGCUUGACAUACGCCAGUCGAUCCAAAUUCGCGAGCACAAAUUCUAAAAACAAGACAAAUGGAAUGAGGAAAAUGACUCGACACAAGCAACGGCGAGUCCGAAAGGACAUCGUGGGCGGUUCGAAGGGAAAGCACGAAGAAAAUGAGGAAAUAAAGCAUGAGAGCACUUUUGAAAAGCGAAAGGUGCAAAAAACAGGCCAUGUGGAAGCUAAGAAAGGGAAGCGCUAUCUAAAGUCUGAUAACGUCGGCCUGCCAUAUCCAUGGGACUGGCAGCAUUACAUCUCACAGAAGGGUGACGAUGCGGAACCCAGCAAUCGGUUUUACAUGUACAAAACCAAAACUUUUGAGACAAAAGACAUAUAUGACCAAAACAUCACACAAUCCCUUGCUAGUUGGGUGCCGCUGAAAAUGCUAGAUGCAGCCAAAAGCCUUGAAGAAGGCUUCGGUAAGCAUGAUGCCCAGAAUCGGUUGCGAAUGUUGCCACAAGUUUCCGUAGACAAAGGAGAUGCCGGAAUGGCCACUAUCAAGAAGGAUCUCUUGCAUGUCGGAGACAAUUCCACGGCUGCAUCUUUACCCGUGAAAAGGAAACGUCACACCCUGUACGUGGAGGAAGGGAUUGACGUUUGCCAGAUCUGCGAAGUGGACUCGAUCGAUGGUCCUGGAGCCACACGCUGUGAAUACACGGCAGCAGCGUGCGCUGCCCUCGAUCAAGCGCACCCCGACGAAAGUGAAGGGGCCAGAUUCGAUAUCCAAGACAUCAAUUUCGAGCCCACUUGCAUCGUCAUUGGCACCCUGCUGCUGAUCUGGACGGAUACCACCCAGGAAUCAACAACACGCACUGAGCGCUUGGAGGCAAGCGACUUGCGAGACGCCAUGCGGCUCUGGAUGCGGGAUGAGAUGGAUCUACCAGACACUCAAGAGUUUACUGUGGCCUUUGUCGCCCACAAUGUAGAAGCGGUGGAGAUUUUGACGAUUGCGCUGAGUGGAAAAGAGGGACACGAAGGCGAAGUCGCCGCCUUCCUUUCGUCUAGAAUACAAUUUAGCGCAUCGUCGGACCUAUUCCUGUGCAGCGUGGAAGCAAGCUACGAGGAACGACUAAUUAUUCCAGCUUAUAACACUUGCCCCCCCGACCGCGAUUUGGAUGGUGGAAGGAGUGGUAUUGUGGCAGGUGCUGCUGCGGCUGUGCUCGCUGCAGCUUUGAUUGUUGUUGUUCCCGCUGCUGUUGCGGAUGCGCCAAGACAGAGCGCCCUGGGGGGUGUUGAGAGAAAGGGAAAGAGUCUUGUUGUUGGUGUGGCUCGUGUUGCGAAUGGCGAUAAGGAGGGUUUUGAGAGUGCAGCGCAUGGAGAUGCAGGUGCCUGGGGGCCUGAGACUGAAGGGGAGGAUGCUGCUGUGCUGCCACCGGAGGAUGUGGUCCCGAGGGAGCGGUCCCAGAGGACGUGGCUGGGAAAGAAGCGAGGGGAAGGCUGGAAGGGGGGGGCAGGGAGCGAGGGGGGAGUGACGAAGACGGGCCUAGAGGCGCGGGGACCGGAGGAAACUUCGAGGAAGACCCCGCGAAGCUGUUGCCGGCCCCCGGAAAGGUGGAAGGGGCUUGGUUUGGAUGUGCGUGUGGCUGUGGCUGCUGCUGCUGCUGGUGGUGGUGGUGAGGCAGAAGCCUCCAGGCUAACAGCUGCGAAGAAGGCGCUCUUGGUGGACGUGCACAUGUUCCCCUUGCCCGUCGGGGAGGGAGGGGGGCAAGAGGGGGUAACCGAGAGAAAGAGGAAGCGCGGGAGUCUUGGGGAGGUCGAAGACCGGGGGGAGGACGAGGCGCGGGCUGGCGAGGCACGGCGGGCGGGGAGGACGAAGAAGAGGAAGCCGACUCCUUCCCCGACCGGUCCUCCGCGAGAACUCUUGCAGCUUCCUCACCCCCCUUCCUCCCCCUCGUCCUCCUCUGCCGCUGCCGCCCUCCCCGUCUUUCCCCCCGCCGCCAUCGCCCAGACGGGCGCCUCUGCCCUCAAGCCCUCCGCUGCCCCUUCCUCGACGUCGGGGGGCCUCGGUGAAGGGGACACAGAAAGGAAGGGAGGCACCGUCCCGCCUUUUUUCCUUCCCGUGUGUCCGCACGCGCCUCUCGUUCCGUCGCCCGUAGGCUUGGACGAGGUAGGGAGGGAGGAGGGGAGGGAAGGAGGGAGGGAGGAAGGGAGGACAUUUUACACGCUGGAGCAACCGAGCAGCGGCGGGGAAGGGAAAGGCACAUUCUUAUAUCUGCAGGCAUGGACAUUGGCGCACGCGCGAACCACCUUGGCAGAGUCAUUGAAGGCUUGGAAAGGAUUGAAGAGCCGUCUGCCACACAAUCCUCCUCCACCUCCUCUCCUUCCCGUUUCCCCUCUCCCCGCCCUCCCCGGCGUGACGGAGGAAGAGAAAGCGCGAAUCGAGACCACGGCCCGUUUUGUGAUGGAAAAGGGACCCAGCGUCAUCCCUGUGCUGAAAGCGAGUGCAGCUGCGGCGUCGGGGGCCUUGUUCUUCUUGGAAGAGGGGGCGCGGGGCCACGCCUUGUUCGCCAGCCUCCUCCCGCCCUCUUUUUUCCCCGAUUGCCUCCUUCCUGGGAUGGGAAGCUCGCUCCGCGAAGCCUUCCCGCCAUUCUCGUCCCCCUCUCCCUCCCACGCCUUCGCGCCUUUUUCCCUUUCCCCUCCCCGUCGCGCCGGACCUGGGGGGAUGAGACAGAGGAGGGAGGAUGAGCAGGUGCGGGAAAAGAGGAGCGAGGAAAGAAGGCGGGAAGGAAGAGGCGACGGGAGAAGGGGACGGAUUGCCAGGGAGCGCAGCCGCUCUCGGUCUCGCUCGCCCCUUCCUCAAUGUCCUCCCGCGCGCCUGCCCUCUCCUCCUCGAGCUCCUCUCCGGCCCGGCCCGCCUCCGCGUUCUGCUCCUGGCCCCUCCAUCCGCCCUCGCUCCUCCUCUCCUCCCCUUCCUUCCUCCCGCCUGCCUCCCCCUCCCCUCGUUUCCUCGCGCCGACGACGUCGGGGUUCGCACGAGGGUGAGAAGAGGAUGGACGGCCAGCACGAGGGCCACGGCCAGGGAGACAAGGAGGACGACGGGCAGAAGAAGCGGCAUGCGCAACCACAGCAGCAGCAGGAGAUAGGGGCGCAGCUGAAUGUGAAUUCACUGCAUGCGGUGCCGAAUAAGGCGGAGAAGAUGCGAGGCGGUAAGGAGCAGGAGGAAGAGCCGCAGACCCGUGAGUCCCGAGGGGAGCGUGCAAAGGAGCCAGAGCAAAGUGUGGGGCACAUCCAAGAAAACCAAUGCGACUCGCAAAGGCCGCUACAUGGUAAAAAGGACGGUACCUCGGAGGGACGACCGGCGAUUGAAGGGGGGGAAAUGCCACGGACUCGGGCUUCUCGAUGGGAGGAGAGCGUACACGCGGAUGGACUGCCUGAGACGGGCGAGCGCGGGGCGGGGAGGACCUCAGUACAAGGAAGCCCCUCUCUGCCCCCUGCCGCCGCCCUCGGCAGCUUGGUGACACCUGCGGCGGCCAUUCCUGUGUCCUCCCCUCCUUCCUCUUACGCAAACUCUCAGGCUUCCCCGAACCCGGCUUCUACUGGCAGUGCGGAGUCUGUCUCCCUCCAGGGCGCCCGCCCUCCUCCCACGCCUGGUGUAGGCAGCCUGGCGAGUCAUGUUCCCUCCGCCCCUCCCCCCCCU